UGGGUUUUGGGCCCUUCUGCGCCUGCGCAGCUCUUUCCGGCCUUUCUCUUCCCUCGGAGCCUGAGGCGCGCCACUGUCUCGUCUCCCUCUCUCUCCGCCAUGGGCCACCAGCAGCUCUACUGGAGCCACCCGAGGAAGUUCGGGCAGGGGUCGCGCUCCUGCCGCGUGUGCUCGAACCGCCACGGCCUGAUCCGCAAGUACGGGCUCAACAUGUGCCGGCAGUGCUUCCGCCAGUACGCCAAGGACAUCGGAUUCGUCAAGUUGGAUUAAAUGCCCUCCUGCAGAGGCAGCGGCCAAGCCUUGUCCCCAGAAGCAGCAGCCGGUGGAGCUUCGGAGGAACCAGGCAAAACAGCGGCAGACUGGGAGCAUUUGUCUUAAUGAACUCUUGCUGUACACGUUAAUGCAGGCAUGGGCCAACUUGGGCCCUCCCUCCAGAUGUUUUGGACUUCAGCUCUCACAAUUCCUAGCAGCCCAAGUUGGCCCAUGCUUCUGUUAAGGUGUGCAUUAAAAAACACAAAAUAUGGUUUGUUUUAACAUGUUUUCAAAUGCAAUAAUUGCUCUCUUUAAUUUGACACAAAACAAGAAUCCUACCAGGAUGUAAUUGGUGUAUUGCCACACUUCUGAUUUCUGGAGAAAAACAUUGUUUUCUAUUUCCUUUCAAAAACAGCAGUUCUUAGAUGUAUUUUGUACAGAAAACAUUCCAUUGUAAAAGCUGAAGAACACUUCAAAAAGGGCAAAUGGAAAUAUUAAAACAUCCAUUGAGUUAA